UGCGGCACUCUCUCUCACCUCGGGGGGCAUUUCUGGAGCUCUAAGCUCACUGAACCCCAGCGGUGCGACCGCGCUAGGCAGCGCCUGGCCCAGUGCUGCCAAUCAUGUGCCCCCUCCAACGACGUAUCGACUCUCAUCCCACACCCCUUUGCAUCUGGCCCGAAACCUCCCCUCGUCAACCAUCGCAUCGCGCUCCCGCUGCCAGACUCCCCAUCCGAGCGUGCUUUGUUCCAGCAGGUCCUCCAUCCCUGGCAGCCCAUCUUCAGCAGACGACGUCCAUCGCUUCGACGCCUCCGGCCGCAUUCCACCCACCCCCCACCAGCCCGUGCCGCCCGCUGCCGACGCGGCCGUUGCCUCGUGCCCGCGAUAGUCGAAGCUUGUAAGGUAGCCAGUCCAAUACUCUGCCUGCCCCAUCCCCCCCUUCUCGUCGUCUCCUCGUACCUGCUCUCAGCCACACCCAGCGCUUCUAUACAUAUCUGAUCAUGCCCCCUCGACUGAC